AUGCAGUUGAUAGUUGUUGCUGAGGAGGUUCCUCCACAUACCGUUGAACCUGCUCUCAUCCCGGGUCCUGCGGCUGGAGGCUGCGCUGCUUUCCCCAACAUGUCCCCGUCUUCUCACCGGAGCUACCGCGGAGGACACGGCGUGGUCGCGUUCCUCCACGUUUUAUUGAGUAUAACAGGUUUGUGCUGCAGUCAGGUGGUGGUACCUCACAGGGUGAGUGCUGUGCUUGGGAAGAAUGUGACAUUGGAGUGUAGGGUGGAAAUGGACUUGGUCACGGAAACAAACCUCACUCUCACUCAGAGUUCCUGGGAGCGCCGCUUACCUUCAGGCUCCGUCACCUUGGCUGUCUACAGCCCGAAGUUUGGCAGCUCCAUCCCAGAGCUAAGUCACCGCUUGCAUUUCCGCUCACCCUCCUUUUACGAUGCCACCAUCGUCCUGGAAAACGUGGGCUUUGCUGAUGUCGGGAUCUACACCUGUAAGGCCGCUACAUUUCCUAUGGGAAACUUCCAAGCCUCCACUACGCUCAAUGUUCUCGUGGAGCCGAAGGUCUACGUGUCAGCAGGUUCAACCGCCCUGAUCGAUGGUGGCAAUGAAACCGUGGUGGCCACCUGUAUUGCUGAGCGGGCUCGGCCCCCUGCUGAGGUGUCCUGGGAGUCCAACCUGUUUGGCCAGUCAGAAGUGCAGCUGUUCGAUGAGGUCAACGGCACCACCAGCACACAGGUGCGCUACCUCUGGCAGCCCACACGCCACGUCCAAGGCCAUGCGCUCACCUGUGUGGUCCGCCACCCAGCGCUGCUGACUGACUUCAGGAUCCCAUACCAGAUCAACGUGCAGUUUGCUCCUGACAUCUCAGUUGUGGGCUACGAUGGAGACUGGUUUGUGGGUCGGGAAAACGUUCAAAUGACUUGCAAGGCCAACGCAAAUCCACCAGCUCAUCACUUCAGAUGGAUCAGAUUGGACAGUGAAAUGCCAGAAGGGGUGGAAAUAAGGAAUAGCACUCUGCUCUUCCUGCGUCCCCUUCAGCGGAAGGAUUCUGGAGUAUACAGGUGUGAGGUUGCCAAUGACAUCAACCUCCGCAGUCGGGAUGUGCGCAUCCUCAUACAAGAUCCUCCUACCAUGCCUUCCACCAUUACUGCUCCUGUCCUAGCUGGCUCUGACUCCUCCACCUUAGUGGAUGAUAAGGGCCAUGUCCUCCUCAUCUCCCCCACACGCGAAGCUCUACCUGAGAGUAAUCUUGGUUCCGUAGUGGGUGGUGCUGUGGGUGGGACCUUGUUCCUGCUACUGCUGCUGUCUAUCGUAGGCGUGUAUUACCUACGCAAACAGCAGACCUUCCACGGGAAUUACUCCACCCAGCCGUACCUGGGUCCCAAUCACCACCAGAAAGCCCCUACGCAGCACGAGCUCCGCCCAACCAAAGCCGGCAGCAGCUCUUUCCGCCGAGACCACGACCGGGAGGAGUGGGGCGACCGCCAGCUCAAACAAGAGCAUAGCGGCUAUAAUGGAGAGGAGUAUCCCCCUAAUGGCUUCACUAGGGCAAUGAGGGAGAGCAGUCACCUCUGCAAAGAGCAGAAUCACCAGCGUGAACACACACAGUAUUCUAGCCCACGGCAGGCCCGACUCCCGCAUCCGCCAAAACCACAGGGAAACGGCUCCUCCUACCAGUCAGAUGACUGCUACGAUAGCGGGACUGAUGCGGACUAUGUCUCUCACACAGAUGGCUCGGUCAUCUCGCAGCAGAAAGGUCCUCGCUCUCCCCUACAGCUCCUCUCCUUUGUGAAUUCAACCCCCCUUGUGUCUUUCUCCCACUCUCUUCCAGCUGGCCAGUCUCAGGCAGAGAGGUCAAACGCCAUCGCCGUGGCCGGAGCCGUCAUGGGCGCAGUCCUCGCCCUCUUCCUCGUCGUCAUCGUCAUCAUCGUGAUCCUCACUGCUCGCAAGGCCCAGCAGCCAGCCUUCACCGACAAAGUGAUUGACCUUCCUCCGACACACAAGCCGCCUCCUCCCUAUUCUGAGAGACCGCCGGUGGCACCUCUGGGGGUCCACGCAUCACAAGUGGCCUGGCUCUGUCAGAAUCGCAAGGCAGAGCGCAGGUACGGGCUGAGUGACGGGCAGUGCCCACCCCCAACAAGGCAGAGGCCGCAAAGCCCCACCCAGCAGCUGUCCCGCCUGGAGUGGGCAUGUCAUCAGAGUGGGACAGACCGUGUGUACAUCAACCGCCUUGAGCACUAUGUGUGA